CUUCAGAUGAAACUUUGUGAGCGGAUUUGUUUGAGCUCGAGGAGUGUUUGAUUGAAUUUUCCGGUCUCGCGGGUAAAAGAUGGUUCUGCAGAACAGCGGACGGUUCCGAGCGGACCGAGGAGGAGAUCAAGACAACCAGGACGAUGGAUCCUCCAUGUCGGCUCUCAAGCGGCUGGAGCGCAGUCAGUUCACCGACGAGAUGGACUCGCGCUUCGGAUUCGACCGGAUGAAGGAUCCGGGGGAGAAGACGGGCUGGCUGAUCAACAUGCAUCCUACGGAGAUCCUGGAUGAAGACAAGCGGAUGAUCAGCGCUGUGGAUUAUUAUUUCAUACAGGAGGACGGAAGCAGGUUCAAGGUGGCUCUCCCCUACAAGCCUUAUUUUUACAUCGCUACUAAAAAGAACUGUGAGAGAGAAGUCAUCUCUUACUUGUCCAAGAAGUUCCAAGGAAAAGUGGCAAAGCUUGAAAUUAUACUGAAAGAGGACCUGGACCUGGCGAACCAUCUCGUUGGACUGAAGCGAAGCUACAUCAAGCUGUCGUUCAACACUGUGGACGACCUCAUGAAGGUCAAGCGAGAGAUUUCUCCUGCCGUACGCAAGAACAGAGAGCGAGAGCAGUCCAAUGACGCCUACACGUCCAUGUUAUCGAGUGCCUUAUCAGGCGGCCACGUGACCACAGAAGAAGAGGACGGGACAUUAAAGAGCAUUUCAGAUCAGCUGGACAACAUCGUGGACAUGAGGGAGUAUGACGUGCCUUACCACGUCCGCCUGUCCAUCGACCUCAAGAUCCACGUGGCUCACUGGUACAACGUUCGAUAUCGAGGAAGUACCUUCCCACCAGAGAUUGUGAGGCGAGACGAUUUAGUGGAGCGACCGGACCCUGUGGUUUUAGCCUUCGACAUCGAGACCACCAAGCUGCCUCUGAAGUUCCCAGACGCAGAGACGGAUCAAAUUAUGAUGAUCUCCUACAUGAUCGACGGACAGGGAUUCCUUAUCACAAACAGAGAAAUUGUGUCAGAAAACAUCGAGGAUUUUGAGUUCACCCCGAAGCCUGAAUAUGAAGGACCUUUCACCGUGUUUAAUGAGGACGAUGAGGCUGCUCUCAUCCAGAGGUGGUUUGAUCACGUUCAAGAAACCAAGCCGAACAUCUUUGUAACCUACAAUGGAGAUUUCUUUGAUUGGCCUUUUGUUGAGACUCGGGCGGCCCUCCACGGCCUGAGCAUGCACAGGGAGAUCGGCUUCCAGAAGGACAGCCAGGGAGAGUACAAGUCCAGCCAAGCCAUCCACAUGGACUGCCUGAGGUGGGUGAAGAGAGACAGCUACCUGCCGGUGGGAAGUCACAACCUGAAGGCCGCCGCCAAGGCGAAGCUGGGCUACGACCCGGUGGAGCUGGACCCGGAGGAGAUGUGCCGCAUGGCCACCGAAGAGCCGCAGACUUUAGCCACCUACUCCGUGUCCGACGCCGUGGCCACGUAUUACCUGUACAUGAAGUACGUUCACCCCUUCAUCUUUGCCCUGUGCACCAUCAUCCCCAUGGAGCCCGAUGAGGUGCUGCGUAAAGGCUCCGGGACGCUGUGCGAAGCCUUGCUCAUGGUGCAGGCCUUCCACGCCAACAUCGUCUUCCCCAACAAGCAGGAGCAGGUCUUCAACAAGCUGACGGACGACGGCCACGUCCUGGACUCGGAGACGUACGUGGGCGGCCACGUGGAGGCGCUGGAGUCGGGGGUCUUCCGCAGCGACAUCCCCUGUCGCUUCAAGAUGAAUCCUGCCGCGUUUGAUUUCCUGAUGAAAAGAGUGGAGAAAACGAUGCAUCACGCCAUCGAGGAAGAGGAGAAAAUCCCUUUAGAGCAAGUCACCAACUUCAACGAGGUGUGCGAUGAAAUCAAGCAGAAGCUGACGUCUCUGAAAGAAGUUCCAAACAGGAUCGAAUGUCCUCUUAUUUACCAUCUGGACGUCGGAGCAAUGUAUCCAAACAUCAUUCUGACUAAUCGGCUUCAGCCUUCUGCGAUGGUGGAUGAAGCCACCUGCGCUGCCUGUGACUUCAACAAGCCCGGCGCCACCUGCCAGCGGAGGAUGGCGUGGCAGUGGAGAGGCGAGAUCAUGCCGGCCAGCCGCAGCGAGUUUCACCGCAUCCAGCAGCAGCUGGAGUCUGAGAAGUUCCCUCCGUUCUUCCCCAACGGCCCGCCGCGAGCCUUUCACACCCUGAACAGGGAGGAGCAGGCCAAACACGAGAAGAAGCGCCUGGCGGAUUAUUGUAAGAAGGCCUAUAAGAAGACUCACGUCACGCGGCUGGAGGAGCGCGUUACCACCAUCUGCCAGAGAGAAAACUCCUUCUACGUCGACACCGUGCGGGCGUUCAGGGACCGGCGGUAUGAAUUCAAAGGCCUCCACAAAGUGUGGAAGAAGAAGCUGUCGUCGGCUCAGGACAGCGGAGACGCCGCGGAGGCGAAGCGCUGCAAAAACAUGGAAAUCCUUUACGACUCUCUGCAGCUCGCCCACAAAUGCAUUCUGAACUCCUUUUACGGCUACGUCAUGAGGAAAGGGGCUCGCUGGUACUCCAUGGAGAUGGCGGGGAUCGUGUGUUUCACCGGAGCCAACAUCAUCACUCAGGCCAGAGAGCUCAUCGAGCAGAUCGGGAGGCCUCUGGAGCUGGACACCGACGGCAUCUGGUGCGUCCUCCCCAACACCUUCCCCGAGAACUUUGUGGUGAAGACGAGCAACGAGAAGAAGCCCAAAGUGACCAUCUCCUACCCGGGGGCCAUGCUCAACAUCCUGGUGAAGGAGGGCUUCACCAACGACCAGUACCACGAGCUGGUCGACCCCGCCGCCCUCAGCUACGACAUCCGGGCGGAGAACAGCAUCUUCUUUGAGGUGGACGGGCCGUACCUGGCCAUGAUCCUGCCCGCCUCCAAAGAGGAAGGAAAGAAGCUGAAGAAAAGGUACGCCGUGUUUAAUGAGGAUGGCUCUCUGGCUGAGCUGAAGGGUUUUGAAGUGAAGAGGCGAGGCGAGCUGCAGCUGAUCAAGAUUUUCCAGUCGUCCGUGUUUGAGGCCUUCCUCAAAGGAACCACUCUGGAGGAGGUCUACGCCUCGGUCGCCAAAGUGGCCGACUACUGGCUGGACGUGCUUUACAGCAAGGCCGCCAACAUGCCAGACGCAGAGCUGUUCGACCUCAUCUCAGAGAAUCGUUCCAUGUCCAGAAAGCUGGAGGACUACGGAGAGCAGAAGUCCACCUCCAUCAGCACGGCCAAGAGGCUGGCCGAGUUCCUGGGAGACCAGAUGGUGAAAGACGCCGGUCUGAGCUGCCGCUACGUCAUCUCCCGAAAACCUGAAGGGUCGCCUGUCACAGAAAGGGCCAUUCCUCUCGCCAUCUUCCAGGCGGAGCCCAGCGUGAAGAAGCAUUUCCUCCGUAAAUGGCUGAAGAUGCCGAGUCUGCACGACUUGGACAUCCGCUCCAUCCUUGAUUGGAGCUAUUACAUCGAGAGGCUGGGCAGUGCGAUCCAGAAAAUCAUCACCAUCCCAGCAGCUCUGCAACAGGUGAAGAAUCCGGUUCCCAGAGUGAGACACCCUGACUGGCUCCACAAGAAGCUCCUGGAGAAGAACGACAUCUACAAGCAGAAGAAGAUCAGUGAGCUGUUCACCAGCGAGGGGAAGAGACAGGUGGCCCACCAGCCUCUGGGGGCGGGACAGGCCGCGGACAUCGAGGACUUCGGCGUGCCGGCGAAGCCCCUGCAGCCGGCCAUCCUCAUCAGCACCAAGCGGAAGCGAGCCGCGCACGGAGACGACAGCCAGCCGGAGUCUCAGGACGUGGAGCUCACGCAGUCCUGGAGGGAGAUCCUGGGGCCGCCGCCGCCCACGGGCAAGACCCGGGAGGAGCGUCUGGUGUGGCUCCGUUACCACAAGAAGAAGUGGGAGCUGCAGCUGCGGCAGAGGAAGGAGAGGAGGAAGAGGAGGAGGAUGCUGGACGGCGAAGCGCAGCCUGUUGGCGGAGGGGUGAUCAGGGACGGCCCCGCCACCGGCCUGGGGAGCUUCCUCCGCAGGACGGCGCGCAGCAUCCUGGACAUGCCCUGGCAGAUAGUGCAGAUUGCAGAGACGAGCCAUCCUGGUCUGUACAAGCUGUGGGCUGUGAUUGGAAGUGACCUCCACUGCAUGAAGCUCCACAUCCCGCGAGUCUUCUACGUCAACCAGAAGGUCCCGAAGCAGGAGGAGGGAGCCACGUACAAGAAGGUGAACCGCUUGCUGCCUCGCUCCAACAUGGUGUACUACCUGUACGAGUACACCGUGCCAGAGGACAUGUACCAGGAGCACAUCAACGAGAUCAACGCCGACCUCUCUGCGCCGGACAUCGAGGGCGUCUACGAAACACAGGUGCCUCUACUGUUCCGCGCGCUGGUGCAGCUGGGAUGUGUGUGUAUGGUCAAUAAACACGUGGUGAGGGAUCUGGCCGGCAGGGAGGCCGACACCUUCGACCUGGAGCAUUUGGAGAUGAGGUCUCUGGCUCAGUUCAGCUACCUGGAGCCCGGGAGUGUGCGCCACAUGUAUUUGUAUCAUCACAGCCAAGGCCACAAAGCCCUGUUCGGCCUGUUCAUCCCGUCUCAGCGUAAAGCCAGCAUCUUCAUUCUGGACACAGUUCGAAGUAACCAGAUGCCGAACCUGAGUAACCUCUACACGGCUGAACGCACCGCUUUGCUGGAGAAGACCACGGAGGAGCUCCUGCCUCCGGAGAAACACGUCUUCGAGGUCCGCGCUGAAAACGACAUGAAGGCCAUCGCUCGCGCUCUGCAGCGCAUCCUGCUGAGCUACAAGGAGGAGCGUCGGGGGCCCACGCUCAUCGCGGUGCAGUCCAACUGGGAGCUGCGGCGGCUGGCCGCGGGGAUGCCGGUGCUGGAGGAGUUCCCGGUCGUCCCCGUGCACGUGGUGGACGAGAUCAGCUACAACGUGCUGGACUGGCAGCGCCUCGGGGCCCGGCGGAUGAUCCGCCACUACCUCAACCUGGACAGCUGCCUGUCGCAGGCCUUCGACAUGGCCCGGUAUUACCACCUGCCGGUGGGGAACCUGCCCCAGGACGUGUCCAUCUUUGGGUCGGACCUGUUCCUGGCACGCCACCUGCGGAAACACAACCACCUGCUGUGGCUCUCGCCCACCGCCAGGCCCGACCUCGGCGGCAAGGAGGCCGACGACAGCCGCCUGGUCAUGGAGAGUGACGACCGGGGCUCGGUGGAGAUCAACGCUCAGGGCUGCUACUCCACCGUGUGUGUGGAGCUGGACCUGCAGAGCCUGGCGGUGAACACCAUCCUCCAGUCUCAGCACGUCAACGACAUGGAGGGCGGGGCCAGCCUGGGCGUCAGCUUCGACGUGAUCCAGCAGGCGUCGCUGGAGGACAUGAUGUCUGGAAACCAGGGAGCCACCGCCGUGGCGAGCUACGACGAAACCGCCCUCUGCUCCAACACCUUCAGGAUCCUGAAGAGCAUGGUGGUGGGAUGGGUGCGGGAGAUCACUCAGUACCACAACGUGUACGCAGACAACCAGGUGAUGCACUUCUACCGCUGGCUGCGCUCGCCGAGCUCGCUGCUGUACGACCCCGCUCUGCACCGCACCCUGCUCAACAUGAUGAAGAAGGUCUUCCUGCAGUUGGUUGCGGAGUUCAAGCGUCUCGGCUCGACUGUCGUGUACGGAAACUUCAACCGGAUCAUCUUGUGUACUAAAAAACGAAGAAUCGACGACGCCAUCGGCUACGUGGAAUACAUCACCAACAGUAUUCAUUCCAGAGAGAUCUUCCACUCCUUGUCCAUCUCCUUCUCCCGAUGCUGGGAGUUCCUGCUGUGGAUGGAUCCCGCCAACUACGGCGGCGUGAAGGGAAAACUUCCUGCCAGCGUCCUGUAUGGAGAGGGAGACGCGCAGAAGAAACAGCAAGAAGGGGAGAGAGAGGAGGACGGCAGCGAGGAUGAAGAGGAGGAAAACGUCGAGGAAGAGGACGGAGACGGAGACACGGAUGAAGUGGAGGAGCUGAUUGAGAGCAACUGGAACAUCAUGCAGUAUCUUCCUCUGACGGCGUCGUGCCAGAAAUACUUCCUCAUGAUCGUCUCAGCCUACAUCGCAGCCGUCUACCACAGCAUGAAAGAGGAGCUGAGGAGGAACGCGCCUGGAGCCACACCGGUGAAGAGACGAGGAGGCAGCCAGGCUUCCCAGCAGGCAGUGCGGGACCUGAGCGCUCUUCCUGGAAUGAUCUCCUUCUCUCAGGAGUACGUCUCCAGCGAGCUGACGCAGAACUUCUUCACCAUCACUCAGAAGAUUCAGAAGAAGGUGACGGGCACCAGGAGCGUCACCCAGACGUCCGAGAUGUUCCCCGUCCUGCCGGGCUCACACCUGCCCCUCAACAACCCGGCGCUGGAGUUCAUCAAAUACGUCUGUCAGGUUCUCUCGCUGGACGCCAACAUCGUCAAUCAGGUGAACAAGCUGAAGCGAGACCUCCUGCGGCUCGUGGACGUCGGGGAGUUUUCGGACGAAGCCCAGUUUCAGGACCCGUGUAACUCCUACAUCCUGCCAGAGAUCAUCUGCCACCACUGCAACUUCUGCCGUGACCUCGACCUCUGCAAGGACCCGUCGAUGGCCCAGGACGGCUCGGUGUUGCCUCAGUGGUUCUGCUCAAACUGCCAGGCGCAGUACGAGACCGAGCUGAUCGAGAUGGCGCUGGUGGAAGCUUUUCAGAAGAAGCUGAUGAGCUACACACUGCAGGACCUGCUGUGCACCAAAUGUAAGGGAGUGAAGGAAGCCAACAUGCCCGUCUACUGCCGCUGCGCCGGAGACUUUGACCUCACCUUCUCAGUCAAGAGCUUCUCGGAGCAGGUGGCGGUGUUCAGCAACAUAGCGUCCCACUACAACAUGAGCUUUCUGCGGGAGACCAUCGACUGGCUGCUGGCCAUGAGCCCUCAGAUCAGACACAACCCCUCCAUCGUGUGACGGCGGCUUCAGGGCCUCUCCGGAUCCUCCUGAGCCGAGUGUGGACCUCGUAGGAGCCGGAAAGAUCUGUUCCUGUGUGAUUUAUGUACAUUAUCGUGACACAGAGGCAGUGAAACGUGUGCGUUGUAGAUCAUUUUUAAUGUUCCAAGUUAAGGUUAUGUAUGAAUUUCAUUGUUAAUAAAAUCGUGUGUGUUUGAACUCUGAGACUGUUUGUUUACAAUUCAAGUUCACUGAAAAAAGGAAGCAUUGGGAUCCUGGA